GUUAAUGUAAGUUGGCUGCAUAUCUCAUUUUCUGUUUUAUUCAAAAAAAUAAAUUAAAAUUUCUAAACCGUCUGACAGCAUGUAGUCCAUGUUAGACCAAGCUUAGUUUUUGCAGUUUCUCUUUGUCACACCAAGAUUUUUAUCUAUCCAUAUGUUUAUUUAUAUUUAAUUCCGUGUUUUAUUGACUUGAAUAGUCUAGACAGUACGUUUUUGAGUGAAACACUACAACUUUUAGUAUGACACGUUUGGUAUUAUCCAAUGAAGUCUGGUUUUACUGACUUCAGAUGUUACUUUGGUGUUCAUUCAGUUUCGAGCGUGUAUCAGUCUUUACUGACAAGCACAGGAAAUCAGCUGACCAAGUAUUUGAAAGUGUUUACUCACAGGGAUAGUAUUCCUUUGGGUGUAUUGCGCUGCCUGUUGACAAUAAGAUUUCACCCUUUGGUCAUGGUUCUGAAACAUUUUCGUAAUGGCCUCGGAGAUGACUAGCCUUCAAGAGCUGAUAAUAGUUAUGAGGUUAGGAUCUCAAAAUCAUAUUGCAUCCACGAUCAUCUGAGUGGUUAAAAUAAACUGUCUGCCUCACUGCAAAUGUCCCUUAGUUUUUACUUAACACCAACCGGGAUGUCUGCACCACAUUAUGUAAUCCUAACCAGCAUUAAGUUUUGUGUAACUCAUCAAGAACAUAUUCCAUUACCGAUUGUAAGUCACACUUUUGUCUAUGGAAAUUAUUGACGUUGCUCGAUUCUCCAUAUCAAUAUAAAUAGAUGAACUAAGUCUUGAAUAUCAAAACACCAUAACAUUCCCUUUUUGGGUUGAGGUUUUAAUGUUUAGUAGAUAUAGUCGAUUCCUAAUUAAUUAAUAUAAUCCCGAGCGAUACAUGGUGUACAACGAUGCAGCAUGUCCACAUGUUAAAUUGCUUAUGUAACGAUUGAUGACGUCGACCAUGGUGGCUUAUUAUAAACUGACUACUCCACCUGGCCUCGUUGUGUAGUGCUAAGUGUAGAAGCCACUUCGGUGACGUUCGUGACGUGUUCUAAUCACGACAGCGUGUCCCAGUGUAAUGUCACUAACUGACCUAUUGUCGUCGCACGAACACAUGACCGGACCUCCUCAUUGUUAGUUGUCGUUGAAUGUCCACAACCCUUUAGAGAAAACGACGAUCAAACACAGAGUUGUUUAACACUUCAACUCAAAGAGGUCAUAUCUCACAAGCAUGAAACAAAACUGUUCUCAUCGACACAUUUUAGGUCCAACCCUUUACAUCCAAAUUAUCACGCAGGUGCCAAAGUUGGCUGAUAUUGGCAUAUUCUCAUCUGGCUUUCCAAAAUGUCGUCGACGGCGAACUCGAGUUAGUUGUGGUUUGAUUAAACAACUUUGUCUAACCGCGCUUCCAGAAUGAAACAGGGGAAUGUUUUGUGUUCUUACUCUACCCGAGGUGUUGGUGUACAGAAUCUUUAAGAUGAUAGCAAACUUCCCAAACACCCUUUAACAGACAAUCCCAGAGCACAGUUCUAUCCAACUAAUCGAAGUUGAUUCUGAUGUCGAGAAACAACCAUUGUUGGCUUGCGAUAAGUGUGUCCUAACAUUCAGUGAAGGGUGAAAAUGUGACUGCUACAUUCAUGAUUUUAUCAUAAACCAGUUUGCGAAAUAUAGUGUGAUUAAUGAUAAUCAUGUUCCGCCUGUUUUGCAACUUUACAUCCUAAUCAUUUCUGAAAAACUAAAACUUAUGGUUUCCUUAUUGAUGGUGCAUCGGACUUUUCCACUUACCAAUUAUUAGAUUCGUUUUAUUAACUGCUGAUUGUUAAUGGCUUUAAAUCUAAUUAGAUCCAGUCUUGUUGGUAAUCUUAUAACUUACACCUGACUGUCAUGUUUUUAAUGUAGUCCUUAAAAGUAAGAGGAAUUUCGCUGACUAAUAUUUGGCCGUAUCAUCAUGAAAUUGCUUGCACAUGGCGAAACACCUAAUUGACAUUGCUUAAUUUAGUCCAAAGGUCGAGUGCCUAAUCCGCCGAAAUAUGGAGAACUGUUUGAUAUGACUGUGAAUGUUCGUCAGCCUCAAUAACCGUCUAUUUCGACGGCCAUUUCUGCCUAGUGUAUGAGUAAGCUGAAAAAUAUUUACCAGCGACCAAACGCUUCCCCUAGAUCUUGCGUUUCACUACUAACUGAUACUUAUUAUGCUAUUAUUUUAUUCCUGGAACCAUAUUACCAGUCUUGCUAUCAGUGACACCUAUCUCGACUCUUGCUACUGUCUUUAUGGACUUCACCUCAUUGUUUUGAAACGGUGUAACUCAUUGAACCGAAUCACACUUAUACUAUAUCCUUCGUUUUAUUAAAGGUAACUUAUGCCUAUAACUUACCCACUGUAGUGGUUUAACGGCAUAUAGGAUAUGUUUCUGGGACUUCAUGUGUUUCCAUUUUGUUUUAGAGUAUGAAUUGAUCUCAAGUAUGGAUUACGCCAAACUUAGUAGCUAUCGACACGCCGAUCCUUUAAAAGUGCGUCAAGUUUGGGAUGCUUUUGGUGUACUUAAAUCCCACCGACUAGCAGUACCAGCAGACAAAAUUAGCAAAAUUCUUCGCAAAACAUUGGAUCUAAAAGAUGAUCAAAUAAGGUUACUCCUUGAUGAAAUUGAAGGUGAUGGAUUAAUUGAAAAAAUAGAGCCUCCGUUCGGUAAAAAUGGUAUGGUUCGUUACCAGCUUCCUGACUUUUCAAAACAGCAUCCUAGAGGCAAACAUGAUUGGUAUUGCUUCCAGUGCCAUAGACCUGGUGAAGUUUUACGCUGUCUUGAUUGUUUCCGUGUAUAUCAUUCUGAUUGUGUUCAAGAAGCAUCUGGUCCUAAUAGUCCAUCAAGAAAGUCUAUGCGUUCACCAACUCUUCAUGAUGGGCAGGAAGAUAAUUUUACUUGUCCUGUAUGCGAAUCUCGACCGAAAUGUGAAUUCUCCCGCAAGCAGAUAAGGAAGCUAUUGGAAUUUGCAACCCAUCAAUUGAGGAAGCAGCCAUUGUGGAAAACAUUUAUUCAAGUUGGGUAUAAAGGUGAAAUAACAAAAAAUGAGUACCUUGUGUAUAAGUACACUGAUCUAGAGUUAUUGCAACGCAAGAUAAAAGAUGGUCGGUAUGCUGCUUUAGAGGAAUUUUCUAUGGAUGUACAAUUGCUUGUUCAUGAUGUCUGCAUUCUUCAUGGCCCUUAUAGUAAUCAAGCCGAUGAGAUACGAUUUUUCUUUCGAUCUGUUAAUACAGAAUUAAAUGAAAUCCAAUUGUGUACUGACUGUUAUAUCAACGCUAAGGCUCGUGUUACAGACUGGAUUAGUAAACCCUGCAAACCACGUCAUGAAUUGAUAUGGGCACGCAAUCGCACAUCAGCAGGGGCUGGCUUGUUCAACGAUACUUCAGUCUCUCAAUUCUAUUGGCCUGCAAAAGUUUUGUUGGAACGCGAUGACGGAUAUGAGAUACGCUUCUUUGGAGGCUCCCAUGAGCGGAUGUUCGUAAAGAAAGCCCAUACUCGUGCUUUUCACCUCCCAGCUGAUGAAGUUGGUGUACUUCGACGUUCAAACGCGACAGGUGCGAUCUCAGGUGGAGGAUUUGAACGAGCUUGGAAUGAAGUUAGUAAAUUACAAGCUAACAUCGAUAGUGGAUAUUACACACAUUCUUCUGGUGAAAGCGAUCUUCCCCCUUCUGAUGAUGAUUACUCUGACGAAAUGUAUCUUGGUCCGCGGCGUAAAACCGUCAUCCAGAGUCAACGUUCACAUCGUGCAGAUAGUCCUAGAUCGUCUCUUACUUCUGGUAAUACCAAGGCUAACAAAAGGAGGCGUCACACUUCUUCAAGCAGUCAUCAAACGACUACUAGUGAUACUCCUACUGGUGGCUCACCCACUCGUGAUGUCUCACCAUGUACUCAUGGUGGCAAGCACUUCAGAACCCAUGGUCUCUUGCUUAAUUCACACACCGAUCUUACUGACAAAAAAUUGGCGAGUAAUCGUCUUCCAAUGCCGGUUGUUCAACCCGGUACUCCAGGCGCUGCAGCUAUAUCCGCCUUAGCAGAGACAAAAGCAGCUAUGGCAGCUGCAGUUGGGUCUGGUCGUAGGCCCGCUGGAUCAUUUACUGCUGACCUCUUAUCUUUAACUCAUCGUGAGCAUGAUAAACCUUAUCGAAAACAAUCAAAAGAAAAUCAUUCAAACGUUCCGAUACGUGGUCAACGGGGUCGAGGGAGACCCCCUCUCCGAGAUAGCAAGGGAAGACCUAUUCGGCAGCGUAAAUACCGAAGUUCGUCUUCAUCAUCCCAUUCUUCAGAUAGCCCAUCUUCAUCUGUUUCAUCAGGUUCCUUGUCAGGAGUAGAUGUUCCUCGCACCGCAAAUAAUAGUUCUCAAAACAACUGGUGUUCUAAUUCCUCUACUGAUUGGAAAGUUAAAAAGACUGAAAUGCCACGUCGUGGACGUCCACCUAAAUCUAGAGGUCGUGUAAAAGCUGUUAACGAUAUUGUUCGUUCAAGUUGGUGUUCACCAACAGCUGAGAGUUCAGAUGCUGAAGGCAAUUCAGAAUUGUGGACGAAAUCGGGUUCUUCAAAUGUUAUAAAACCUAGUCCAACUCGAGGACGACCGAAGUUAGCUGCCUCAAAUAGCUCUCUUAAUCGUAUUGAAGAUGCUAAGAGAAAACGGUUAACGAUUCCAAAUAAAAAUUCGACUCAAGAUACAGCGAAUUCCGGAGGUAAACGUUCUAAAAGGUAUUCCAAACAAAUGGAUAGUUUUGGUAAUGUUCGAGAUGAAGAUGACGAGCUAACUGACCGAUGUGAUUCUCCCAUUGGAAACGACAGUCAGAAUUUGAGGCACUCGAAUAACUAUCGUUGGCAUUCGCAUCAUUCAUCAAGUGUUUACAACACAUCGGGUACACCUGUUUCUUCAAUGAGAAAAUCUGGAACUAAUGAUUCGAGUAUCCAUAAAACAUCACCAUCUAAGAAGGCAUCUACUGCUAAACAGCGUUCUUCUCAUUCUAGCAAUUAUAGUACAUGCUCUUCACCCUCUUCUUCUGAUAUGGAUGACAACGAUGAAAGUGGACGCAGACAUCGUAAUAUUGUCAAAGUUGACGAUGAAGAUGAUGACCGUAGAUUCCGUAGUCCAACUCGUAGUGGUUCAAGCAACAAGGAUAGAACUUCUGGAGCAAGCAGUACAAUGUUACGUCGACCACCAUUCGCUCCUCCUUUGAGUACAUCUGGAUCCAUUAGUAAUUUGAACGCUACUAAUGAUCGAAACAGUCUAUCUACUGCUACAAACUUAUUUUCUAAUACUGGCCAAAAUCUUUUUUCUCCAUGCAAUGAUUCUGUUGCUACAAUAAAUUCUUCAGUGAAUUCAGGAACUUCAUCCACUAAUAACAGACUAAGUGGUUCCGUUCAUCCUACUACAUCUAAUGCUAAUCUUUCUUCACAUUUUAUAUCUUCAGGUGCCUUGUCUAGCAAUUCAAAUAAUGUUGCCACUACUCCCGGAAUGUCUACUCUCCCACGUUCACACUUGCCGCCAAAUAAACGUGCUGCUGCUGCAGCUACAGCAGCAGCUCUAAACAGAGACUCAGUUGGAGGAGGAGUAAAUGAUGUUUCAAAUGAAACUAAUCAACGUCAAGCUUCUGUGAAAAGUCCUGAACUUUCUGUGACAUCCUCUCCGAGAAAACAACUUCAUAAAGGAAUCCAGACCCCAGCCAGUAUGGAAAUACCGAUAUUAUCUCAACAACCAUGUUCACAGUGUAAAGAACGUGAAGCAGAACGGUUGGCUGCAGCUAAUGAUACUAAAAGAGCUUUGCGAGAACUCGAAGAAAAACUCAUAGCUCAAUUUAAAGAAGAGAAAGCUACCGCUUUACAUUCAGCUCUUGAACAAGCUCAAGCCAGUGCUCGUGAGGCUAUUGAACAUGAACGUAAAUUAGCUCAUGAUACUUUGGAAGCUGCUGAGGCAAGAUUUGCAGAAGUUAUUGUUCAGACUAAACGUCGACAGUGGUGUCGUAAUUGUCUUACGGAGGCUAUCUAUCAUUGUUGUUGGAAUACUUCGUACUGUAGUACACAUUGCCAACAUGAGCAUUGGCAAAGAGAACAUAAAAGUCAGUGUCGUAGAAAACGAUGAUUUUCAAUCAUAUUCAUACCUUAUAUAUAUAUAUAUAUAUCAAUCUUGUAUAUAAUCUUGUUAUUUUGUCUAUUCCACAUACAUGUACAUUACUUUUACCCUUGUUAUAAUUAUAAUCAUUUUCGAUUAUCCUUUCUUAUUAUAUACAAAUUAAUUAAAUCGUAAUAAUUCAGCUUUAAAAAUAAAGUCGUACAUUGCAUAGCCACUAUUAAUAUACUCGUUUGUGUUUAUGUGUGUAUGAUCUAUUUUCAAUUUACUUUCUUUCUUCUAACUUGCGUUUACUUAAAAUUGUAGUCUGAUUGUGACUGCUUUUUUAUUCUUGUAUUAUAGUCGUUUUAAUUUCUUUUCUCAUCGUUAUAUUUAUUUAUUUAAAUAUAAGUUUUCAUGUGUUGUACAGUACUAUCUAUUCAUUUGUAUACGAUUGAUGUGUAGAAUACACCUAUUUUCAAUUAUCUUCUAUUAGACAUCACUGAUACAUAUCAAAUACAAUGAAGUUUUCAAGAGUUUCUUAAUAAUUUAAUCAUAAUUUUUCAUUAUCUUAAUUGUUAAACUUUUGUCCUUUAUUCAAUCUGAAUUAAGUUAUUUCUUUUUCAAAAAUGACACUUUCUACACAUUUCAGCGGGCGUCGUAUUGUAUUGUUCACUUCUGAUAAAUACUGGUGUUUCACUUCUAUACAAAUAUACAUAUAUAUUGAUCAA